AUGACUCAAUAUUACCCCCAACAACAGCAGCCGGGCUACGGCCCUCAAGGCUCCGCACAGAACCUCCAGUUCUUCCCCUCGUCCUAUGCCUCAGUAUCCGGCCACACGACUCCCUCACAGGCCUCAUACGGCGCUGGCUUUGGCGGUGCCCCCAACCCUUCCUCACAAGCCUACCCCGGGGGUGGAUAUGGAGGAUUUGGAUCUCCACCUGCUGGUGUGAGCGGCAGAAUGGGCGAACAGAGCGGCUUGAGGACAGGCUGGUUAGCCGCGUUUGGAGCCGAGGGGUAUGAUGGAGAACCGUCUUUACAGGAGGAGUUGGGAAUUAACCUUGGUCACAUCAAAACAAAGACCUUGACCGUGCUAAAUCCAUUCGCCUCGAUCGACAACCAUUUAAUGGACGACAGCGAUCUUUACGGCGCCUUGCUCUAUGUCUUCUUAUACGGUCUUUUCCUUCUCUUAUCCGGCAAGGUGUUCUAUGGCUACAUCUACGGCGUUGCAGUCUUUGGCACCGUCUCCUUGCACCUCAUUUUGAGUCUCAUGUCGCCCAUCCUCGAUGGACCCCCAACUCCGAAUGCCGCCGACCCCGCCAACUAUAACCCGCACCACAAGCCCUCCAUCUCCGGUGUCUCUUCUGCUGGUCACUUCUCGGCAACUCUGACUUUCCCCCGCUCAGCCAGUGUUCUGGGAUACUGCUUCCUCCCACUUGUGUUGACCGCUCUCAUUGGUGUCUUGCUCCCCAUGGACACCCUGUUCGGGUAUCUCUUGACUACCGCUGCCGUGGGCUGGUGCACAUACAGCUCGUCUGGGAUGUUCUGUGCCGUGGCGCGCAUGAGUGGCAUGCGCGGAUUGGUGGCGUAUCCUUUGGCGUUGUUUUACGUCGUCUUCGGAAUUAUGGGUAUCUUCUCGUCCCGGGGCACGGGUACCCUUGCUGCGAAAACAGGUGCUGCUUAG